AUGCCCAAAAGAGCCAUUGCAUAUCCAUAUCAAUGUAAUUACUGUCAAAAGGCAUUUAUUAGACCUUCGUCGUUGAAGGUACAUAUUUAUUCACAUACAGGUGAAAAACCAUUCAGUUGUAGUUUUCCAGGCUGUAAAAGAAGAUUUAGUGUACACAGCAACAUGAAAAGGCAUUUGAGGAUCCAUUCAUCCUGA